AAACGGACCGCGAGCCGAGCCGAGCCGGUAAAUUAAGCCACUAAGGCCAAUAAUGACAUCGACAAAGCAGCUUCACGCGCUCAUCCCGGCGACCUGCCUCCUACACUCGCGGCUCAUUCGGCCGGCGCUCUCCUCCCACCGACGCGACCUCUCUCUUAACACCUCUCUCUCUCCUCCUCCUCACAAAACCAACCACAACCCCAAACCCCCCAAUUUCACAGCUCCGUUCCCGAUGGGCGACCUAACGGAAUCCUCACUCACGCCGUCAACCACCACCCCCAAUUCCUCCUCAAACCCUAGGCCCAUGCCCGUCCGCGAGGACUGCUGGAGCGAAGACGCCACCUCGACUCUCAUCGACUCCUGGGGCCGCCGUUACCUCGAGCUCAACCGCGGCAACCUCCGCCAGAAGGACUGGCAGGAGGUCGCCGACGCCGUCAACGCCCUACACGGCCACACCAAGAAGACGCACCGUACGGACGUCCAGUGCAAGAAUCGAAUUGAUACUAUCAAGAAGAAGUACAAGGUCGAGAAGGCUAGGGUUUCUGGAGGAUUGACCUCUUCCUGGCCUUUUUUCGAUCGCCUCGACGCUCUCAUCGGAUCUAACGUCAAGAAGCCCUCGCCGUCGUCGCUCUCGCCUUCGCCGCCGGUCGCGGUUCCGCUGCCGCUGGCGUACCGGAAGCCGUCUCCGGCGAGGCCGGUCGUGACGGCCGUGGCUCUGCCGCAGAAGAGGUCGGCGUCCGCGGCGGCGAUGAACGAGGGGUUCUUCAGGAUGAAUUACUCGGCGGUCGCUGCUGCGGCGGCGGCGGAGAACGACGACGACGACGACGACGACGACGAAGAGGAUGAGGAAGAUAACGACGACGGGGAUGAGGAGGCGGAGGUGGAGAGGGAGAGGGAGAGAGACAGCGACGGCGAGAUUGGAGGCGGCGGCGGAGGAGAAGGGUUGAAGAGAUUGGCGAGGGCAAUAGAGAGGUUUGGGGAGGUGUAUCAGAGAGUGGAGGCUGAGAAGUUGAGGCAGAUGGUGGAGUUGGAAAAGCAGAGAAUGCAGUUUGCUAAGGACUUGGAGGUUCAGAGAAUGAGGAUGUUCAUGGACACACAGGUCCAGCUGGAGCGGAUCAAGCACGGCAAGCGACCCGGCUCUAAUGAUAUUUAUAGCUAGCCAUUUGCAAGAGUCCUGUAAUGGUACAUGCGAAGCAUAUGUAGUAUCUUCUUGAUUGAGUACAUAUUGUUCCAGCUGAUACUGGCCUUGGAGAAAGCUUCUGGCACAACAUUCCCAAGUGACUUUGGUUCUUCUUAACCUGGCUUUUGUUCCUUCUACUUAUUAUUAUCAUGUUGGGUUUUUGGCAGCUGUACUUGGCCUCAGAUUGGUCCAAUGACUUUGCUUUUUCCGCUGUAAUAGCUUUCUAGCUGUACUUAAGAACAAAAUCUAGUUUCCUUGUGACACAGAAAAGUAGGCUAGGCAAGUGAUGCAUCCGGGACAGCAUGGUUUCAACUUUAACAUUUAGUUGGUAUAACUAUCCCCUUAAGUAAUACCACCGAUGUUAGUUCCUGUUGUUAGAUGUUGCUCAAGCCUGUGAUGAUUUGUACAUUCUCUUCCA